AUGAUUGGUUUCCGGGAAAAACUCUCGACACAGAGCGUGGUCCUCAAACUUAAAGAAGAAGUUCUCAAGAACGUCACAACCCGAGAGGAACUCAUUGACAUGGGCAUAGACAUCAAGGGGGCUUUUGGCAAUGUCAACCAUGAAGCCAUCCUCAUUGGAAUAGAAUACCUGAACUGCGGCCAACGCAUCCACGGCUAUGUAAAAGCAUUCCUCUCAGACAGAACAGCUACAAUAGGCAUAAACGAUGCCCGUACAAAUAUUUUCCAGGUCCCCAAUAAGAGCACACCCCAGGGAUCAGUACUCUCAUGGUCGCUCUUCAACAUAGCCAUGAUCGGACUUGCCAGAAUAUUAGAGAACAUCCCGGGCAUGAGACAUGCAAUGAACGCGGACGACAUUACCAUUUCGAUCAUCAAGGGCUCCUUGGGGAAAAAGGAAACAAAACUAUAA